AUGAGUAGUAGUGAAGCAGAUGAGAAUGAGAUGAAGAAGGUGGUGGCGCCGCCUCAGCCUGCUGCAUGGCUCCGAGGACUUAUGUCGGAGAAUUUCUUCGCUUCUUGUGGGGCCCACCAAAAUUUCCGGUCGAAAAACGAAAAGAAUAUCUACUGCUUGAUUUGCUGCCUCAGCUUUUGCCAUCACUGUCUCCCUUCUCAUCAUCCCUCCCAUCCUCUCAUCCAGGUGCGAAGAUAUCUGUACCAAGACGUCAUUAGAUUGGACGAUCUCGAAAAGUUCAUUGAUUGUUCAUUUAUUCAGGCCUACACAAUAAAUGGUGCCAAAGUGAUAUUCCUGAAUGAGAGAGCACAUUCUAGAGGCCCUUGCAAAGGCUCUUCCACUGCCAAUCCUUGCUCCACUUGUCACAGACUUCUUCAGAACUCUUUUCAUUUCUGCUCCCUCUCUUGCAAGGUGUAUCACAUGUUAUAUCAAGGGGAAGAGCUGUCGAGCAUUACGUGGAGAUUUGAAUCCGACUUCUCCAUCUCUCAAUUGGACGACCUCCGAGCUGACGUAUCAUCUGACGAUGCCCCAAAUUCCAUUUUGGAGGACCCACUUGAAUACGGAGGGUCCAAUUUCGAAACGGGUAGCUCGGGAUCCCGAACAGUUCAAAGGAAUUCGAAUAAUAGAAGGAGAUUUAUGAUGUCCUUAAGCAACAGAAGAAAAAGUACUCCUCAAAGGUCUCCACUUUCUUAA